AUGGUGGCCAUGGCUUCAUCGCUGAUGAACGGCGAGAGAUUUGUGGUUGUUUUCUUCAUAUCUCAAAUCCUUUUCUCCACUCCAUUCUCUCUCCUCUAUGAAGCCGUCUCUCUCACCCUCCUCUCCCUCUUCGCCCUUUUCGUCGAAAUCGCCGUCGAGUUUUCCUCCGAUUCCCUCUCGCCAUUCAAGUCCAGGCCAGGUGCUUCGUCGGGAAUUCUGCUGGGGGCUGUUACGCUUCCCGGUCUUAUGGUCUCAAGGUUGAUACAGCUAUUGAGAGCGGUAUCCUUACACGAAGUAGGAACUAAAGAGCUUGAAUAUCUGCAGUUGCAAUAUUGGGCCACAUCUGCCAGUUGCUUUGGCGUGCUUGUUCUCCUCUACAUCAUUCUUUGCCAUCAACCCAACAACAAUCAUUCCAUAUAUUCACAAAGUAACUGGAGCACAAAAUUUAGCCUAAUAUCUGCAGCCUUGUAUGCAGUUAUGUGCUGUGUGUGUUUCGCUACAAAACUUCAUAAUGGCUCGUACACUUUGCUAAUGUUAUUGUGGGUACUCUGUCAUGGAUUGGCAGCAGUGAAAUUAAUUCAGCACUUUCUUCAUACGUUUCCAGCGUGUGCGUCCAUUGGGGAAGCACUUUUGGUGACUACUGGUCUUGUUGUCUAUUUUGGAGACAUGUUUGCAUGUACGGUUGCAAAGGUGAAUGAAUACUUGACAUCGUCAGAAAACAUUUUUGUACAGAUUGUAAGCAAAAGAAGUGAGAUAAGCACCAUUAUUCAGGGCAUGCUGCUUGGCCUCAUUCUUUUCCCCUUGUUCUUUAAAUUGUCUCUCCACAUCUGGGAAUUGUAUACAUGUUCAGCUCAAGUUGAAGCUAGGGAAAACCAUGAAAUUGGAAGAACUGUUAUAUUUUAUGCUUCCCUGGCAUUUAUCUUGAUUUUGAUCAUUCCAUUAUGGAUGCAGUUUGUUCAAGAUUUUCCUGUCCAUCCUUUGAUAUGGUACAUGCCUUCAUUCAUUAUCUUCAUUAUGCCAUUGUUUGUUUUAAUCAUUUUAUCUGAUCUGGAGGUAGAAGAUUUUGGAUAUGAUCGAUUUUCUCUGAUUUGGGAAUUGGUAGAAAAAUCAGAUAUGCUUUGUUGA